GCUUUAUUCAAAUUUCCGAUUGUGUACCACCACGGAUGUUUUGGAUGAUUGUACCUCCUCGUCUCCUUGAUCCCAUGGAUGGCUUAUCCGUCAGUCGAUCUCAGCACAGGACGUCCCAAAAGGGUUGGACACAGUGAGAAACUUAUAUCGAAGGCAGUUCUCCCUGCGAAGAUACAGGACUGGACACACUAAAACUCAAAGCAUCUAGUUCAAACUUUGACCUGUGGAUGGCAGUAAUAUCCUUAGCAGCGUAUACACUGGAAUGAUUUUUGGGAGGUGUGGUGCCUCCGAAAUUAAUAAAUCACCUGACUGCCGAGCCUUAAACGAGUUUAAGCCCAUUCAGAUCAGAAAUUGUUGAGGUGGGUGGUUCAACCUGCUGAGUGAUGUGGAAAAAAGGAAAAGGAAACCAAACGAUGUGAUCUGUCGUCGUUUUGUCAACAAAAAUAGUUGAGUUCCUCAAUAGUUAUAGUCAAGAAAACGAGCUGGUAACGUUACUAGCGCAGUUAAGGAGCGGAUGUCCAAUCUUGAAAUAUUUUCGAACCGAAGACCACAGACCGAGAGGAGAAACAUGUCGGCUGCAAGAAAGGAACUCCAGGAGGUCUUGUGCUGCUACACCGAAGAUACCCUUGUCUACAUCGACACAGUGAGAACAUUCUGUGAGAGGAACCCCAAAUGGAUGCUUGGGAGGGAGACAGAGUUGGAAAUGAUGAGGGACAUCAAAUACAGGGCUGACAACAUCGACCUAAGCAUCGGCCAUGUUGGACAGUCAAAGAACAAAGGUAAGGCCUUUUGGGAAUAUAUGAAGAGCAAGGUGACCCAGGUGACUGCAGACAGCAGGCGUGCAGAGCUGGAGACGGAGCUGGCUGCUGUGCUGAAGGACACUCUGAGAGGCCUGGAGAAGCUCAACUGCUUCCUGGAUGCUGUGGAGAAUCUUGCGGUCACCUCACUUCAUGUGUUCAUGGAGCAGAAUCAGGUGUUACAUCUGCCAGAAGGGAUCAGUCCUGAACAUGUUCAGGUUGUCAUCUCUGCUGCACGGAUAAUCUGCCCUCAUCUCCUCGAGUUUAAAAGCGAUACGAGUGUUUUCUUCCUUCCUAAACUUCAGAAUGUGGAAGUGCUGGCAUAUCAGCUUGACAGUUACAUAAAGACCACCCAGAAAAUCUGUGAGAAGUUAGAGAAAAGCUCCUUAAGUGACUUUUGCCUGGAGAUGAAUGAUGAAUCUCUGGUGGACCUCGAUGUGGAUCUGUCUGAAGAUGACAUACAAAGGAUGCUUCAUCACAUUAAUCAGCUCGAUGAAAUCAGGAUGAACCAGAGCUUCCGUACGGUGUUCUUGUAUCAGGAUGAGCCGUGUUCUGGCUUCAUCGAUAUGUUCAGCGAGCGACAGCCCCGGAUGCUGCAGUUCCUAAAAGACCUGGAGGAGAAUGCUGUUCAGCUAGACAGGAUGAACACGGGGGCAAGGAUCUCCAGUGUGGCCGGCAGCUCAGUGGGGGCAGUUGGAGGUGUGCUUUCCAUCAUUGGUUUGGCAUUAAUUCCUGUAACAGCUGGAGCGUCUUUAGUGCUGACAUUGACUGGGGUAGGGCUGGGAAUUACCAGUGGAGUCAACAGUGCUGUCACCACUGCCACAGAGAUUGGAGUAAACCAUACACAACAGAAGAAAGCCAGUGAAGUCUUCCAGAGCUUCAUGGAGGAUGUGCAGGAUCUGCAGGAUUGUCUGAAGGUCGAGAUCAAAGAGGAAACAAGCCCGAUAGAUGUGGUUGUGGGAGUUGGCAAGGUGAUUUCUAAUGCUGCCUCUGCUGUUAAGAUGUUAAAAAGUGAAGAGCUGAUUGCAAGUGCUGGCAAAAUGGCAGUGCAGGAAGGAAAAGCAUUACGUAACGUGCCCAGGGUGGCAGCAGAUAUCCCAGAUAUCGGACAGGCAGCAGUCAAAGGGCCUCUUGCUCUCUCUAAGUCAGCCAGGGCCGGGCUCAUCGGGCUCAAUGCUCUUUUCCUUGGCAUGGAUAUCUUCUUCAUCUGUAAGGACAGCAUCAGUCUGGCCAAAGGCAGCAAAUCUGAAGUCUCUCAGUUCAUCAGAGCCAGAACUGCACUUUGGCGCUCAGAAUUGGAUUCAUUGCAGAAGAUCCAUGGCUUCCUGUGUGAAGGUCAGCUUACAUCAGAGGAAAACAAAGCUAUCCUGGAGAGCCCAUUUUAUCCAGAGAAGGAGAUGAAGAAAGAAAGAAAAACAGAAAUGGAAAUUCAUUUUGAUGAAGUGGAUGAAAAACAAAAAAUGUUUUGUGUAAUACAGUAGUGCUCAGUAAACAGAGACAAUUACUGCAUUUGUGGCAACAAUCACAAUGUGACAACUCUGACACUUUGAUCAGAUAUGACAUUUAUUUAAACUCUGCUUACAGUUCACCGUUCAGCAUCAAACAUUAAAGGUUUCGUAUUAAGCACA